AUGUUGGAAGCAAAGAUUGAGCAGGCUGUGGUGUUUAAGCGCGUCCUGGACGCUAUCAAGGAUCUGGUGGAGCAUGCCAACUUUGACUGCAACGAAGAGGGUCUGCGCCUCCAAGCGAUGGACAGCUCGCACGUCGCCCUCUCUGCCGUGGAGCUGCGUGCGGACGGUUUCGAGGAGUACCGCUGCGACCGCCCGAUGAGCAUCGGUGUGGCGAUCACCAGCCUGACCAAGGUGCUGCGCAGCGCCAACAACAACGAUAUCCUCAACAUGCGCAAGGGCGACAAUGCCGACAGUCUGCACCUCGUCUUUGAGGGCACGAGCUCGGACCGUAUCGGUGAAUUCGACCUGAAGCUCAUGGACAUCGACACCGAACACCUCGGCAUCCCCGACACGGAGUACGACGCGGUGGUUAAGCUGUCUUCGAACGAGUUUGCGCGCAUCUGCCGUGACCUGUCCAACGUCGGCGAGAGUGUCAAGAUCACCAUCACCAAGGAGGGCGUUACCUUCUCGACCGAGGGUGAAAUCGGCGACGCGCGCAUGACGCUCAAGCAGGGCUCGGGCUCGGCCGCGCGUCUCGACGACGAGGACGACGAGGGCGGCCUCGGUGAGGAGAGCGAGCAGCCUUCGAAGAAGAGGAAGGCGGACCUGGCUGGUGGCUCUGCGGGCGGCUCGGUCGUCCCGGUCGAGAUCCAGCUCGAGAAGGCGGUCGCGCUCACCUUUAGCGUGCAAUACCUCGUGAACUUUACCAAGGCGGCCCCGCUCUCGUCCGCAGUGACACUUCACAUGGCUGACAAGGUGCCCCUGCUGGUCGAGUUCGCGUUCGAGAACGGCCAUGUGCGGUACUACCUUGCCCCGAAGCUGGCCGAGACGGACGACGAUUAA